CGCGGGCCAUGCAGAGGGCGGCAGACGUGGCGGGGGCGGGCACGCGUCCGCCGAAGCGGCAGGGGGGCGACCCCAAGGCGGGCGCGCGCCCUGCUCAGCCCUCCAACCGGGCCCGCGCACGGGUUAAGGGGCACACAGGGGACCCGCUUGCCUCCACCGCGUCGCCGGACUUUGCCCCUGACGUCUAUAUCCUGCGGGUGAGGCUGGAGGAGACUGGGGAGGUGUUCCGCGUGGCCAACUGCCGCAACGACAUGACAGUGCGGGAGCUCAAAGAAGAGCUGGACCUGAUGGUCGGCAUCCCCUUCAACCUGCAGCGGCUGCAUUUCCUGGACCAAGGAACUUUGAUGGAUGAUGCCACACUGAAGUUCUACGAUGUCAUUCCCGGAGCAGUUAUUUCAUUAUGUAUCUGGCAUUAUGAUGGUUGGACGGAACUGGUUUUGGCUGCUGUGGAAGGGGACCCCAGUAAGAUGUCUUGUCUUGGCAUCAGCGAAGAUACCUACUACCGAACAGCAAACUCACAGCAUUUUAAGGGGGAGCAGUGGAGGCAGUGGACGGCCCAGAGAGCGUUUGUGGCCUUGUACAUCUCAGCUCACAGAGGCCACGUGGAUGCCGUGCAGUAUCUUCUAGAACUUGGAGCGAACUGCCUGGCCAAAUCACCCUUGGGCAGGACACCCCUGCACGUCGUCGCAGCCAUGGGCAGGACAGACUGCAUCCAGCCCUUACUGGAACAUGGUGCCUCCAUCCACGACAAAGACUUGAAGAACGAUACACCUGUCACCAUUGCGCGGCGCCUGAAGCGUGGAAAUCUCGAGCGCAAGUUGUUCCUCCUCUACUGGAUGAUCAAGUCUGGGAACAGGAACCCCAACUUGGCAGGGAGGGAUGCUUCGGAGAAAUCCACCCGGGGGUUGUGACAGGGAAGAGCUCAAUGUUGAUCUCCUGAGUACAUUUGCCUAUCAUGAGACUCUGGAGUGACCUUCCAGCCCCCACUGUAGCCCUCCAUGGCACUCACUAGGGAACAAAAGAAGGCACAGAUCUAAAUCAGACAC